AUGUUCCCGUCUGGAAAGAUUGCAAUUCCUAAUAACACCAAAAUUAAUUGCCUUUCAUGGGAAAAGAAUCAAGGAUACAUUGCGAUUGGUGGAGAUGAUGGAAUGCUUAAAGUUCUUAAACUUGAACAAGCUGCAGUAUCAUCAACUCAACAAAAAAGUGGCUUAGCAGCACCAAGCAAUCUUUCAAUGAAUCAAACACUGGAAGGUCACAAAGCAAGCAUCCAAGUUGUUGUUUGGAACGAGACGCAACAGAAAUUAACGACAUCAGAUUUUGAUGGUGUCAUAAUGGUGUGGAUGAUGUACAAAGGAAGUUUUUUCGAAGAAAUGACUAACGAUAGGAAGAAAUCAACUGUCAAAGGAAUGGCAUGGACAAGUGACGGUCAAAAGAUUUGCAUUGUAUAUGAAGAUGGAGCAGUCAUUGUAGGUUCCGUGGAUGGAAAUCGGCUGUGGGGGAAAGAAUUGAAGAACACGUCACUAUCAGCUGUGCAAUGGAGUCCCGACAAUCGUUUACUUUUAUUUGCUAUUAGAAAUGGUGAAGUUCAUCUUUACGACAACACGGGAAUCUUCAUUUCAAAGCUUAACAUUCAAUGUGUGACUCUCAGUGCUUCUAAAAGUGUAUCAGUUGUCGGCUUGUGUUGGUUUCAUGGAAUUGUGCAAGGUAAUCGACCAGCACUUGCCAUUUGUUACGAGACUGGAAAGAUACAAUUGAUGAAAAAUGAAUCUGAUGAGACUCCAACUAUCAUCGAUGCAAACAUUCAAAUCACUGCAGCGCAAUGGAAUGAAAGUGGAAGAAUUUUGGGUGUAUGUGGGAUGAAAAAUUCCCUUAAUGAGAAGGAGAAUAAUCAUGUGAUGUUCUUCUCAUCUUUUGGACAACAUUUAAGAACAUUAAAGAUCCCGGGACGUGAAAUCACAUCACUUUCAUGGGAAGGCAAAUCAAAUUGUCGGAUUGCACUUGGUGUCGAUAGUUUCAUUUAUUUUGCAAAUAUUCGUCUCGAUUAUUUGUGGUGUUACUUCAACAAGACCGUCGCUUUCAUUGAAACAUCAAACCAAAGUCAUCAAAUAAUUGAUCCGAAUCAAAAUGUUGUUGUCUUCUGGGACACGCAAGGAAACAGCAAAGUUACGAAAGUUGUUGAUUACGUUUUAAGCAUUCAAGCUUGUGGCGAUCAUUGUGCGAUUGCUAGUGAAACUCAGAACAUUAAUCCGAAAGAUUCAAAUAUCUUGAUUGAAACAAACUUCAAAGAUCAAAUGUAUCAAAUUAAUAUUUGUAAUUCUUUGGGUACGACUGUCGACUCGAAGUAUGUUGAUUUGAAGCCGCAAUUUCUAGCAAUGAACCUGACACAUGUCAUCAUUGCAAGUCAAUCGCAGUUUCUUUGUUGGCAGUAUCACACACCAAAAUCAACACUUCACGGAUUGAAACAGAAAAAGGAUAAAAGAUUUCAUAUCGAUGAUAAUCCAUCGGGCGUGAAUGAAGUUUUAAGUGACUUAGAUCGCGGUGUUACUUACGAUCCACCUGUUAAGAAUAUUCCAACGAAAGAUUCAAUUUGUUGUAUUGCUGCAUCUGAUAAAAUUCUUUUAAUUGGAAGAGAAUCUGGAAUUAUUCAAGAAUAUGUUUUACCAACAGUUGCUAUUUGUAAUCGUCACAGUUUUGUUAAUCGUGCUUGUAAGAUUUCAAUUAAUUGUAAUUCAACAAGAGCUGCGAUUGUCGAUUCCACAGGAUUAAUGACGACAAUUGAUUUGAAUGAUUAUUCGGGUAAAUCAAGCAGUGAAAAGUUUGAACGAAAAGAUGUUUGGUCAGUUUGUUGGGCAAAAGAUAAUCCACAAUUGUUAGCAAUAAUGGAAAAGACUCGAAUGUACAUUUUCAAAGGUGCUGAUCCGGAAGAACCAAUUUCAUCGUCAGGCUACAUUUGCAGUUUUGAUGAUUUAGAGAUCACUGCUGUUCUUUUAGAUGAAAUUGUGACCGGCACUACUCCACCAAAUACUUCUGAUCAUCUCUUACAUUUGAGAGUAAAAUCUUUAAGAGAUACUGAAGAUUUGCUCCAGCAUGUUGGAUUGGCAGAAGCCAAACAAUUUAUUGAAGACAAUUCUCAUCCGCGAUUGUGGCGACUUCUUGGUGAAUCUUCUUUGAAAAAGUUAGACAUGGAAACUGCUGAAUCAGCUUUUGUUCGAUGUACAAAUUAUCAAGGAAUUCAAUUCAUUAAAAAGCUUCGAACAAUUCAAAAUGAAAAUAUCCAGAAAGCUGAAGUUGCAGCAUUCUUUGGAGAUUUCGAUGAAGCUGAGAAACUCUACAUUGAUGCUGAUCGAAGAGAUUUAGCGAUCGACUUGCGUUCAACACUUUGUGAUUGGUUUCGUGUUAUACAAUUGUAUCGAAUGGCAUCAGGAAUAUCUGAUCAGCAAAUGGAGAUCGCAUAUCGUGAAAUUGGAAAUCAUUUUGCAAGCAUGAGAGUGUGGGAAAGUGCAAGAGAAUAUUAUGAGAAAGCGCAUCACAUUGAAGGGUUAAUGGAGACGUUUUAUCAUCUUGAGAAGUAUGAUGAACUAGAGAAUCUCAUAACUCGAUUACCAGAAAAGAGUCCAUUACUAAGUCGUCUUGGUCAGAUGUUAGCAACAGUGGGAAUGACAGAGAAAGCCGUUGAAGCAUUUAAAAAAUGUGGUGACGUAAAAUCAGCAGUUUCAACUUGCGUGUCACUCAGUCAAUGGGGGCUUGCUGUUGAACUAGCACAGAAAUAUAAAAUGCCUUCGGUCAAUGCUCUUCUUAACAAACAUGCCGCUCAUUUAUUGCAAGAAGGAAAAUUGCCUGAAGCAGUUGAACUACAAAAGAAAGCUGGAAGAUAUUUGGAUGCAAGUCGACUUCUCAUAAAGCUUGCAGAGCGUGAAGUUGAGAAGAAAUCUCCACAUUUAAGAAUCAAACAAUUGUAUAUUUUAGCGGGAUUGCUAGCUGAAGAUCAUCUUCAAACACAAGCAUCUGUGACAGGUGGAAAUCGGGCAACUGUCUUAGCUCAAUUAACAGCUGAAGAUGGAAUUUUAAUUGAAAAUAUUUGGCAUCAUGCUGAAGCUUAUCAUUUUAUAUUGUUAGCGCAACGACAACUUCUUGCUGGUUUGAUGCAUUCAGCCGUUCUUUCUUCAUUAAGGCUACGAGAUUAUGAAGAUGUUUUGAAUGUUGAGAAGAUUUAUUCGCUCAUCGCUCUAGCAAGUUGCGCUGAUCGAUCUUUCGGAACAUGCUCAAAAGCAUUCAUUAAACUUGAAGCACUUGACUCAAUACCAGAAGCUAAGAGACAAGAAUAUGAAGAACUUGCUGUUUCAAUUCUAAGUCGUUAUGAACCGAAAGAUGCAAAAAUUGAUCAAAAUUCAUGUUUCGCAUGUGAAACGAUGGUGGCUGAUUGGCAGACUUCUUGUCCUAAUUGUGGAUCACAUUUCCCUGGAUGUAUUGCAUCUGGUCAGUCGAUUAUGAAUCCACAACUUGCAUGGCAAUGCAAUAAAUGUCAGCAUCUCGCUAAAAGAAUUGAAAUUGCUAUUAGAAAGUCGUGUCCUUUAUGUCACAGUGUCGUCAAUCUUCAGAGAACAGAAAUAUAA